AUGGCCGGCUGGCCCCUCGUAGCUGCCGCCUUCCUGUGCGCCAGCGCUGUCCAGUGUGUGCCCGUGGAGCAGACGACCGCCGCGACAGCCAUAACGGAACCCGGUCACAGUUUUGGACAGCCCGGUGCGGAUGGAGAGGUGGGACUGCCAGUGAGUGAAGACGGUGUGUCCUCUAAUGCAGUGAGACGACGAAAUGGCGCGGAAUCGGCGGAGGAAAACAGGAUAGAGCCGACCACUCGGGAGCGUCUGGUUAUGCAGAGACUGGGCGUGAGGUGCUCCGGCGGAGACAUCCUCUCCUGCUUCAUGGUGGAGCUCACCGACUACUUUGACGGCUUCAUGGCCAGGAGUAAUGUGAACCUGCUGCCUGGCGUCAAUCUCACCCAGGUGUGGCCACAGCAGCCGCUCAACUCCAGCGAGGAAGAGCCGGCCGCGACCUCGCGGUCUGACGGCGACUCCGGCCCGUCGCUGCUGCAGCUGAUCGGCCGGAAGGUGUGGGCGUUCGCACGCAGCCACGUGCUCAGCCUCGACUUGCGGCCCGUGGCGGACUUCGUGCAGGAAGCGCGUACGCGCGGCUUCCUUCGGAGCCUAGAGCAGGCAAUCGGGGCAGGGGUGUGCGUGCGUAAUACUCGGAACGGUUUUCCUGGCACUCACAUUUACCCGUAUUAUUGCACGUACCCUUGA